UUAUAUAAAUAAGAGCAUAAAACACAGAGAAAUAAAUGAAUUAUGAGAUACGAUCGGGAAUUAUGCCCGAAGACGACAGUUCAAUAUAGAAAAAAGGUAAAAAGGGUAUACUGUCUUUGUGGCCUUUAAGACGAUUUUUCUUCUCUUAUUUUUCUCAUUUUCUUUGUUUUAUGGUAACGGAAAGAAAUGCAGUAUAACAAACCGGAAGUGGUGAAUCUUCACUUUGCCUUCCCAUAACACCCUGCACGAUGAGUUAUUUUUCAUUACAUUCGAUCCUUCAUCAAACUCUCUACUCUAAGGGGAAAUUUAAACAGUUUUGCUCUGCUCUUUAGUGCUUGAAUGGACUGAUUAAUCCUUUAAAAAGAUCAUUUUUUGUUUUAUAUUGCGAAAAAGGUUACUUAUUGGCCGGCUUAGUUGAUAAUUUCGUGUCUUUUUGCUCAGCUUUGCUUGGACAAAAUGGCGUCCGUCCUGAAAAAGUUGGUACGACGAGACGCACGAAACGCCACGGAACACAACACUGAAGGGGGGUCACGUACCCAUCUCAACCACAAACAGUCAACAGAGAAUAAGAAUAAAGAUGGGCCUGAUAAGUUGAAAAAGUCCGAGGAUGUCAAAGAAGACACCAGUACUAAGAAGAACGAAGCGUCGACCAAAAACGGUGGUGCAAUGGAGGUCGCUAGUAUGUCUCUCUCUCACGCACAACGCGUUCGAACAAAACGACUUAUGAAAGAAUUUCACGACGUUAACCGAAAAAGCGAUUAUAGGAUAUUUUCAGCCGAGCUGGUCAGUGAUAAUCUAUACGAAUGGAACGUUAAAUUACACAAAAUAGACGGAGACAGUCUACUUCAUCGAGAUAUGGUCGAAACAGGAGCCAAAUACAUCCUUCUCAAUAUCACAUUUCCGGAGAAUUUCCCUUUUGCGCCGCCAUUUAUGCGAGUUCUUGCCCCACGAAUCGAAGGCGGCUUUGUUCUAGACGGAGGGGCUAUCUGUAUGGAACUCUUAACACCUAAAGGCUGGAGCAGUGCUUAUACAGUCGAGGCAGUAAUUCUUCAGUUCUCGGCUGCUGUCGUUAAAGGCAAAGGACGAAUUGAUAGAACUUGCAAGAAAGCAUUCUCGAGGAAAGAGGCCGAAAGCGCUUUUAAAAGGCUAGUUAAAACACAUGAAAAAUACGGCUGGGUUACUCCACCAAAGUCGGAAGGGUAACAGAGGUUGUAAGGGUCUUGUGUGAAAAGUUUUUGGUAUAGAUUUGUUUCUUUUGGUCAAUGAAUAAUAAAUAUGUAUAUAGAUAAUUAUAUACACGCUAAUUAAUAUAUAACUGGGACUAAUAAUUUUAGAGAAAAACGCUGAAAAGAAUGUGGAAUUGCCAUGGAAAAUCAAUUCUGAACUUUUUACUUCAAGCGCAGUUUUUAUUGUGUUAGGCAAUAAUUCCAAUUUUUUUUUUAAAAAAGUUAAUAUAUUUGAUGGAAUUGAAAGAUUCUCCUUUGGGAAUUUCUGUAGUCAGAAAUUUUCAUUGAAAAAACUACAGAAUGUUCCUAAUUUAUAAACAUUCAAAUUGAUACAUUUAUCAGACUUUUCCUCUAUUAGUUCUUGGUAUGUCUUCUAGUGUAGUUACAUUAUAAAGUUACAGUUCAAAAGGCACCAAGUAAUAUCAUUCAGUGUUUUCUAAUUGUACAGUCGUGAAAUAUUCCAUUCUCCAGUUGUGCCUUUUAUAGACUAUAUUUUCGCUAUUGAUAUUAUCAGAAAAUCAGCUCGUGAUUAUAGAAGGUAAGUUGUUACGAUAAUCACUAUAUUGAUGAUAAAAUAUAGCAAUCUUUAGGUGGUAAAAGCAAAUCUAGAUAUUCCUCUGAAAAAAAUUGUUAUACAGACCUAGACAUGAGAUGGGUUAAUGUAGUGUUUGUGUGUAUGUGUGCCAAAAAUAAUAUAAGAUAUUUCAAAAACCAGACUCAAAUGGAAUUAUCCAGACUCCUUUACUGAAGUGCUUUGGAGGCUGUCAUAUACAAUAGAUAUGACAAAAUAAAGGUUUAAUCAAUGAUGAGAGCUUGAUGUUUCUGCUGCAAUGGUGGCUAUUCUCAUCAGAAUGUGGGUAACAUAGGAAAUAAGCUUCAAAAGGCAUUGCACACUGUAAGACAUGUUUUUAGUCGCCUUUUUGCCUCCAAAAAACAAAUUUAUGAGCUGUGAUACUGAGAUGCUAAAGUUAUUUUUGCCCUAUACAUCAAAUUGAAAUAUUGCAACCAAUUUGAAUAACCAUUGUUCUGGUCUGACUAGCCUCUCAUACAUGUGAAAACACUUUUAGGUUUCCACAUGAACACGAGGCUAGUCAGUCUAACACAAUGGUUAUUCAAAUUGGUAGCCAUAUUUUAAUUUGGUGUAUUAACAAGCAAAUUCUUAGACUUCCAAUCGAAAAAUACAAGCAAGCUGUCACCAGCAGCCAGAUGUUAGCAUUAAUUUGAUAAGAAAGGAGUGGUAUUGAAUUAAUGAAUUGAAUGCACAAUCAAAUGGCUGGUGUGAGUAGAUUAAAGUGGAUCAUAGAAUAACACUCGUAAUAGCAGAAACACAACGGAAACCUCAUGUAUUGUGUUCUUUUUAUUAAACAAUAUAAAUAUUGUAUAUGAAAUCAUGAAAGUUACCUUAUUUUCAGUGCAGGCAAAUAUUACCAUAUUGCAAAAUCUGAUUAUUAAUAUUUGCAACUGAUAAUAGACUUGGAAAAAAUAAAAUAGGGCUGAAAAUGGAAACUUGGUUUUAUAUACUGUAUACACGGRAAAAAAUGACAUUAAAAUAUCAUGUGAAUUUAUAAAUUAGCGUUUGUUUUGGUUUAGUUAAAAUCAGAUUUUUAUCAUAACUAGUGAUUAGUAAUGAAAUAUAAAGGACUAGCUAUUAGGAGUAUGUAUAUAUAUACGUAAAUGUACAUAUAAGUUUAUUAAAAUGAACAAUAUAAAAUAUUCCAAUUGUAACUUUGGAUAUCAA